GUACCUCCGACACAAUCACUACCAAAGAAGACGUGGAUAACGAUGCAGGAAGUGGUUGUACAGGCGGAAUAAAGUGACCAAAAAGAGGAUUAAACAGAUCCAACAUGGCCUCAGCAGUGGCAGCAGUUGACGUGGAAGACGAGAGCAUCCUUGCGUCCGUGUUUAAAGACAGUUUCCCGGAGAGCUGGAGAGACAACCCGGACUUCGCCACGUAUCUGUCCGAACUGAGCUCCUUCGGGGUGGAGAAGCUGCGGAGGGAGCCGGAGAGACUGGCGGAGGAGCGGGCACAGAUCCUGCAGCAGACCCGGGAGCUCGCCUUCUCCAACUACCAGACCUUCAUCCGGACCGCGGACUGCACCCACCACAUCUACCGGGACUUCGGGCAGGUGGAGAGCAGCGUUUCCCACCUGCUAGACACCCUGCCCCGGUUCGGAGAGAAAUGCAGAGUGUUCAUGAAGGAGGCGGAGCAGAUCGGAGCCAGUCGCCGUAUGAACAGUCUGACCCUGAACAGACACACGGAGAUCCUGGAGGUGCUGGAGAUCCCUCAACUCAUGGACACCUGUGUGAGGAACAGCUACUACGAGGAGGCCCUGGAGCUCGCCGCGUACGUGAAGAGACUGGACAAGAAGCACUCCUCUCUGCCCGUCAUACAGGGAAUAGUCCGUGAAGUCCGCCAGUCGACUCAGCUCAUGUUAAACCAGCUCCUCCAGCAGCUCCGCAGUAACUCCCAGCUCCCCGUCUGCCUCCGCGUCAUCGGCUUCCUCCGCCGCAUGGACGUGUUCACCGAGGCCGAGCUACGCGUCAAAUUCCUCCAAGCUCGAAGCACCUGGCUCAACUCCAUCCUCUCCGCCAUACCCGAAGAAGACCCCUAUUUCCACAUCACCAAAACCAUAGAAGCGUGCAGAGUCCAUUUGUUCGAUAUCAUAACUCAAUACCGCGCCAUUUUCUCAGACGAGGACCCUCUAGUGCCUCCUAUUGGUGGACAAGCGUCGGUGAACGAACCUGCGAUUUUUCACGGUUGGGUUGUUCAAAAAGUGUCAGAGUUUUUAGCAACUUUAGAGAGAGAUUUGGAUAGAGGAGUAGGCAGCAGGCUUGACUCCUUACUAGGCCAGUGUAUGUACUUCGGUUUAUCGUUUAGCAGAGUUGGGGCAGAUUUUCGGGGACUGUUACCUCCACUUUUUCAGCGGGUAGCAGCUGAAACUUUUCGGAAAUCGGUGAAAGAGGCAGUGGAGAAGUUUGAGGAGGAUAUGAAUUUGUACACGCUGAUUUCGUUUCCGUCGGUUCUCGGGGGGACGAUUCCUGCUGUCCAGCCCACAGCUCAGCCCGGGACCCUGCAGCCCCCCAUGUGCCUCCUGGACUUUCAGCCUUUAGCGUGUUUCCUGAAUCACAUCCUCACAGCGUUCAACGACCUGAGACUCUGCUGCCCCCUAGGGCUGGCCCAAGACGUGACAACGACACUGGAGGAUGCACUCAAACUGGUGACCCGUCAGAUCAUCGUGUUCCACCGCGCGGAGCAGACUGCCUUCAGUGACAAAGAGAGGGCGCUGUUCGUCCAGUUUUGCUGUGCGUUCGCUGAAGAUCUGCUGCCGUUUCUGAACCGCUGCCUCCAAACUCUGUUCCCCCCGAAUCAACUCGCCCUCAUCCUCGGUGUUUCUCCCACUCAGCUGUACAAACACGGUAACUUGGGCCGGAUCGACAUCUCCUCCAUCAUUGAACCUUUGGACUUUGUUUUACCCAAAAAAGAGAUUCCAGACCCCACAGAUCCUCUGCUCUCAGACCUGGACCUCACUGCGGACCUGGGCAGUCUCAGUCUAGACCCACAUGUCCAAGAUCCCAAAGCUCCUAAGCCUGCUUUAGACCCUCAACCAGAGCCUCAACCAGAACCCAAACCAGACCAAGAGCCAGACCCUAAACCAGACCAAGAGCCAGAGCCCAAACCAGACCAAGAGCCAGACCCUAAACCAGACCCUAAACCAGUCCUGGAUUCUGCUCUAGACUCAGACCCCACACUGGAGGAGAUCCUGGGUCCUGACCCUGGUCCUUCAGAUGAUGGAAAACCAGAGGAGGAUCUAGACGAUGAUAUAGAGGAGUUAUUGAAGUAAAGAACGAGUUACCAUAUUUUUCGGACUAUAAGUCGUGCCGGAGUAUAAGUCGCACCAGCCAAAAAAUGUGUAAUGAAGAAAAAAAAACAUAUAAGUCGCACCAGACUAUAAGUCGCAUUUUUUGGGGGAAAUUAAUUUUUAUAAAAUGAGAGACCGGGAACCGACAUUUCAUCAAACGCAAGUUAAAGUAAUAACAACAGAACAGAGAACAACAGACUGAAGGUGUUUGGUAUGUUAACGUCACAUAUGAACAGUUAUUCAAAUAACUAUAGCAUAAACAACAGAACAUAACAAGUUUACCAAUCUCUCUGUUUCAUUGCACAUAACUAAAUCCAUUGAAUUCUUCAUCCUUGGUGUCAGUUCUGAGCAACUCCCAUAGAACUUACCUCUGGAGGUAAACGAAGCGCCGCUUCCUCUUCCGUGUAGCUGUUGUCAGACUCAGCAUCAGUUCCAUUUAGAAUUAUUCCAGCCUUUCUGAAUCCCAACAGGAUGGUUUCGGUGUCACUAAAUUCCAGGCUUUGUCAAUCCAUCCAGUGACUUCCAGGAAAGUUUCAUGGUGCACCCUCCCGGUUGCUAUGAAGCUGUGUUCUCCAUUCUUACUUUCCACCAGUCCCUCACAGGUUUCUUGCUCACUCCAAACUUUGUUUCUGCUAAUCGAUUACCAUUUUCGACUGAAUAUUUCACUACUUGCAGCAGGACAACAGCUUUUUCCGCACGAGACAUGUGCAGUAGAGCCAAGUGACAGUGGUACACGAAUAACAGGAGCAGCAGAUACUGACACACAAGACUAGAGCCUCUCGCGGCUGUCAGUUUAUUUUAAUAUAUAAAUCGCACCGGAGUCUAAGUCACAGGAAACACCCAAACCAUGAAAAAAGAGCGACUUACAGUCUGAAAAAUACAGCAUAUUUGUAUGUAACAUUUUGGAUGGAGGGUCUGCCAACUGCUCGUCUCCAUGGUAAUCGUCUUACUUUGAAAUGUUCUGCAAUAUGGCAAAAAGAAAACCUUGAAAAACGUGUAUUAUUCUGACUCUUAACUGAUCUGUAACUUAACCUAGGGAUAUCGCCUCCUUGUCUCUAUGGAGAUAAGGUCAAUGUAAUGCCAUACUGUGGAAAUUUUGAGGCAAAGCAGUAACGCACUACGAGCAGGUGGCAGCUCAUCCGCCAGAAAAGUGACAUAGUGCCCCUUUAAUAUUAUUUACAAUUUUAUAUUUUCCAUACCAGAUUCUAGAGAUGGGUGAUAUUGUGUACAGGAUUUGCUAAAUUGUUAUUCUGGAUGAAUGCAUGCAGGUAUUUUUAUACCUGCUAGUUUCCUGAUUUUGCUCGGGCUCAUCGUUAAACUCGUCACAUGAAAUAAAAGGGGCCUAAUGUAAAAGUUCUGUAUAUUAACUGUUAAUUAAGAUGUGUAAAUUAUAAAUAUGUAUUGAUUGAUCGGUUUGGGACAGAU